CUCUAUGGGAAGCAAUUAUAAACUAUGGGUAAUUUGAUUGGUCCUAGCGCUAGUCAAUCUACACUGCUUACACAUAAUACCGGUGGAUACGGAGAACGGCUCAACUAAGAAAAUGAUAAGGUCAUUCGAAUUACUGUGGCGAGUGAGUUUAUUGCUACAAUGAAACUGAAAAAAAUUGUACUGGCGAUAGGAAUGAACGGAUGAUUUCUAUAGAGGCAAAGUCGAACCAAGGGGGCAGGCAAAUUUGAUAUAAAUACGCCGGAGGGGGGGCAAUGCGCUGUUAUCUGAGACCCUUGUGUCUGUCAAUGUGCAAGUAGACGCCAGAGCGGAGGAAGGUUUUGCUAAACCAAUCAAGGUGGAAUUGUACAAAACGAGUUCCACGUCCGGUGUAAUACGCACAUUACUGUGUUUGUGGGGGACGUGAAACAAGGAUGAUGCGCCUGGCUUGCUGCACCGUCCUCCUCUUCCUGCUCCGUCUCUUGGUGGGCCUGCCCUGGUUCCAGGUCCUCCCCUCCAUCCUCAUCUUCUACCUGGGCUCUGGAGGCUGGAAGUUCGUACUCAUUUUCGCCAAAACCAUCAGAAGAGAUUUACAUGCGGCAGGCGUCCUCCUCAAGGUGAAGUCAAACGUCAAUCGUCACCUGAAGGAACGAAACACCCUCCCUAAAAUCUUCGCCGAGACGGUGCGUCGCCAUGGGGACAAGACUGCGCUCAUUUUCGAGGGCACAGGCGAGAAGUGGUCCUUCCGGCAGCUGGAUGAGUACUCCAACCGUGUAGCCAACCUGCUGCUCCAGAGGGGCUUCGUGGAAGGGGAUGUGGUGGCUCUCUUCAUGGAGAACCGGUCCCAGUACGUGGGCCUCUGGCUAGGCAUGGCCAAGAUAGGAGUGGAGGCUGCUCUGAUCAACUUUAACCUGCGGCUGGAGGCCCUGGUGCACUGCGUCACCAUCUCAAACGCUAAGGCUGUGGUGUUCGGCAGCGAGCUGACCGAGGCUGUGUGUGAGGUCCACAGUUCCAUGGGGAAGACAGUACAGAUGCUGUGUUCAGGGGACUGGGACCCCAAACGUGUCCCUACAGGGACAGAGUGCCUGGAGCCUCUACUGGAUGACGCUCCGACCCACCUGCCCAUCCGCCCAGAUCGCUGCUUCACUGAUCGUCUGUUCUACAUCUACACAUCUGGGACCACUGGGAUGCCCAAAGCUGCCAUCGUGGUGCACAGCAGGUACUACCGCAUGGCAGCCUUGGUAUACUAUGGCUUCGGAAUGACGUCUGAUGAUGUGUUGUACGAUUGCCUUCCACUCUACCACUCCGCAGGAAACAUUGUUGGCGUGGGGCAGUGCCUGAUCCACGGCAUGACGGUGGUCAUCAAGAAGAAGUUCUCUGCCUCCCGGUUCUGGGACGACUGUGCCAAGUACAACUGCACGAUUGUCCAGUACAUCGGGGAGAUCUGCCGGUACCUGUUGAACCAGCCGGUAAAGGACAUCGAGGGUAAACACAAGGUCCGUAUGGCGCUCGGUAACGGCCUGCGCCAGUCCAUCUGGGAAGAGUUCACCUCUCGCUUCAACGUACCACAGAUAGCAGAGUUCUACGGAGCCACAGAGUGCAACUGUAGCCUGGGAAACUUCGACAACAUGACAGGAGCAUGUGGCUUCAACAGCCAGAUCCUCCCCUUCAUCUACCCCAUCAGACUGGUGAAGGUAGAUGAGGAGACCAUGGAGCUCAUCAGAGGCCCCGAUGGCGUCUGCAUCCCCUGUGGGCCUGGUGAGCCCGGCCAGUUGGUAGGCAGGAUCAAUCAGAAAGACCCCCUGAGAAGGUUUGAUGGCUACGUGAACGAAGGAGCCAACAGCAAGAAGACUGCUAACAGUGUCUUCAAGAAGGGAGACACUGCCUAUCUCUCAGGUGACGUCCUAGUCAUGGACCAGUAUGGUUACAUGUACUUUAAGGAUCGUACAGGGGACACGUUCCGUUGGAAGGGAGAGAACGUGUCGACCACAGAGGUGGAGGGAACCCUGAGCCGUCUGCUGGACAUGAAGGACGUGGUAGUCUACGGAGUGGAGGUGCCAGGGGCUGAGGGGAAGGCUGGGAUGGCCGCCGUAGCAGAUCCAGAGAGAUCUACAGACCUGGAGAAGUUUGGGAAGGAUCUGGAGAAAGCUCUGCCACCCUACGCACGACCCGUCUUCCUACGCUUCCUCAAAGAGGUCAACAAGACAGGCACCUAUAAGUUCCAGAAGACAGACAUGCGGCGGGACGGUUUUGACCCCAGCAUGGUAUCAGACAAACUGUACCUCCUGGACCCCACCAGGGGGCGCUAUGUGGAGCUGCAUCAGGAGCUCUACCGCAGCAUCAUCUCAGGGAAGCAGAAACUGUAACUGUGAGAUCUGAUCACUCUUGCCACCCCCCCACCAAAAAAAGAAAUAUCACCCCAUCCACCCACACACACACACACCCUAUUCCUGAAGUCACUCUCCCUCCCCCAGAGAAACUCUUAACUCUUACAACACACCUCUCUGCUCUCUCUAAGCCCACACCCCUCGUUACUUCAGUGACCACAGUGAGGGGCAGCUGGCUCAUCCAGGUCACAUGACAAGCCAAUCUGACACCAUAUCCCACAAUAGACCUAGAGCGACCUUUGACCUCUAAAGCCCCCCCAGAGCUUGACCUUGACCUUGACCUGCCCUGGAGCUAUAGGAACGCUCGCUGGAAGGACACAGCUCGCUGGCUGAGAGGGGCGUGUGGCAUGUCCAGAAUGCAAAAACAUAGUAACUUACUCCAAAUGUAAGAGUCCUAGCUAUAGGAACUUGUGGAACACAGUGAAAGAACUUGAAUUGAUUGAAGGAAACAGUUCUGUUGGUCUGUCGGUUUGUCCCGACUCAUGUGGAGGUCAUUCCCUCAUAGGUCCAACCUGCACACUGCCCAGUCAGUGACCAGUGGCUUCUGUUGUGACACAAAAAUGGCCGAUUUGGUUUUAGUGGUGUUGACUCGGCACAUCCAUGUUAGACAUACAGUACAGCUAACCUGAAACUGAUGGAUUUAAGUGCAAUAGGGCUCCAGCAGUGGCAGUGUACAGCUGUGAAGAAGCUCUCUAAUAUAUUUAAAUGUCUGCAUUAUACCAAAUAUAUUUAAUUUGUAGAAUAGUCUUAACACGUUUUAAAACAAAAGGAUGAUUGUAUGUUCAAGUUCCUGAUAAUAUGCCAAUUCAAAUUCUAAUCAUGUUUUACUAUAUCCACAAUUGUGCUCGGCUUUCUCCUAAACUCACCCACUAGGGGUGCUCCUCCUAGUCUUCAACUAUAGAAUCUACAGACCAACUCCCAGCUGCUGGAGCACCAAUAACUCUUACAGUUUCAAACCUGGUUCUGAAUGUUCUGAUUCUGGGUAGAAGAUUCAGAUUCUGAAUGUCUUGAUUCUGGGUAGAAGAUUCAGAUUCUGAAUGUCUUGAUUCUGGGUAGAAGAUUCAGAUUCUGAAUGUCUUGAUUCUGGGUAGAAGAUUCAGAUUCUGAAUGUCUUGAUUCUGGGUAGAAGAUUCAGAUUCUGAAUGUCUUGAUUCUGGGUAGAAGAUUCAGAUUCUGAAUGUCUUGAUUCUGGGUAGAAGAUUCAGAUUCUGAAUGUCUUGAUUCUGGGUAGAAGAUUCAGAUUCUGAAUGUCUUGAUUCUGGGUAGAAGAUUCAGAUUCUGAAUGUUCUGAUUCUGGGUAGAAGAUUCAGAUUCUAAAUGUCUUGAUUCUGGGUAAAUUCAUUUUUUUUUGUUGUCUGUGUCAACAUUGUGCAGGUUGGGCCCAAUGGAUUGGCUUUGUCUUGUAUGGCACAGUAGACAUUUUAAAGCUUGCCGAAGAGCGUGCUGAAGUGAAAAGCACUAACCUCUGUCUCUGAGGUGUUGUUGAGGAUAAUACUCUGGUGCUACGGACAGAAGGAGACUCUGACUCUGGAGCAGCAAAAGCCAAAUGAUCUAAACCAGGCCUCUCCAACCCUGUUCCUGGAGAGUUACUGUCCUGUAGGGUUUCACUCCAACCAUAAUCUAGCACACCUGAUUCUAAUAAUUGAUAAGCUGAAUCAGGUCAGUUAAAACUGGGGUUGGAACAAAAACCUACAGGAGGGUAACUCUCCAGGAACAGGGUUUGAGAGACCUGAUCUAAAGAUGGUCCUUGCUCGAAGGGGGAAGAGGAGAGGAAAAGAGAAGAGAGAAAAUAUUCUUAUUUUCGUUAUUGUUUGUUCUUCUACUUUCUUGUUUCAUCUUCUCAGCAGCAUGAAUGAUCAACAGAGUACUGUGCCUUUACUGUGAGUUUACUACCCUCAGAUUCACAGACCCUGUCCCCAUCACCCCCUACCCUAACCCUUCACUCCCUACAGUCCCAUCACCCCCUACCCUAACCCUUCACUCCCUACAGUCCCAUCACCCCCUACCCUAACCCUUCACUCCCUACAGUCCCAUCACCCCCUACCCUAACCCUUCACUCCCUACAGUCCCAUCACCGCCUACCCUAACCCUUCAGUCCCAUAGCACCCUACUCCCUCACUCUCCUAUCGCUCCCUUGUCUGUCCUCUGUCCCUAUCAUCAGGUAUUAACCCACAUUUCCCAUUCACUUUUAUUCAGCACCCCAAUUCUGUUGUACCCUAACCCAUGAUCACUCCUGUUAGGCAUGUCUCCCAACCUCUCAUCCAGUCUCACCCAGUCCCUCAAACGCUCACCCUUCCCAGGCACCUCUGUUUGAUCCUUGCUUCUCUUGUUAUGGCUAGACAUUCCUCUCGGUCUGUCAUGAUGUUAUUCCCUCAGCUCCGAAGACAUGGCGUGCGAUUAACAACAGUCACCUCCCCAGCUCUCGUACCGUCGGCAGUACUCUACGUGAUGUGUCACCAUGUCCUCUCAAAACAAACAAAUUAUGAGCCGGUUUCGUCAACCAAAUAUCCUGUCUGUGUGAAAUCGAAGGUGGAGACCGAGGCACAAUGAUUCUCCUUGUCUUCUGUCUGGUGUGUCUCUUGUCGUGUUACACGUGCACACCUCGCUGAUUAGGAAGAGGAAGUGACAACAUAGUUCUCCAGCUCCACCCAUCAGUAUCAGUGUAUUUAUUACUAGUGAUGAUCGUUUCAUUUGUCAAAUGUUUGAGGAAGAAAAAUGUUUAAUUAAGGGGGCGGGGAAUGUUGCAAAGAAGAGUAUAUACAUUUUGGGGUUAUAUGAGAAUGCUGCUUUGACUCUUGUGAUCCUGGGGUGUCAAAUGAUAGUAUGACCACAAGGUGUCGCCUGACUGGGCAGCCCCAGAAGAGUCCAAAUGGGCAUUGGGCAAUAUUCUGAAGUGGCUUCCUUUCCUUGUCUCCUUUCCUCCAUCUGCACUGAUCUGAAAGGAGUGGAGGUGAAAAAUAGCCAUAUUGUUUACACCUAUGCUGUUGUGUUGAAGCAGAGGAGAUGAGGAGAGGAAUCUGUUUUAGACUAUUGAGAUUCACCUCUCUGCCCCAGAUGUUUCCAUUCCCACUUUUUUGUCAUUUUAAAUUAUUAUUUUAUAAUGUAUUAGUCAUUCUUGAUCUGAUUUGUGCAUUGACUGUGUCGCGACUAUGCAUUGCAUUUGUUAGUUAUUUUCUGUGUGUGAAAUCAAAGCUUUGAUGUCGCAGGGUUCUGGAAGUGAGUGAAGGGUUUCCGUGAAUUUAUGUCUACCUGUUUGACUGUAACCAGAACCAGAACCUAUGACGGCACCAGCCCACUAUCUUAUGACACUGAAUAGAGACAGACUGUCGUCUGUCACAGGCUCUCUGAGGUUGUGUGUCUUUGGGACCGUUUCCUGGACACAGAUUAAGCCUAGUCCUGGACUGAAACAUGUCUCCAUUGAAUAUGCUUUUUAGGGAAACCAACCCCCUAUGUCUGUCAAACCAAUGGGAGCUAUAGUAGUGUGAGAGGGUGUUGGUAACAUCUUUAACCAGAGGGAGGCUGUGUUUCCCAGAAAAAUCCUCAUUGCUGCUGCCUACUGCUACCCAUAGAGAUAGAUAAAGGACUCAUCUUUGUAUCUGCGCCAUUAUAAAGCCUAUGGCAGCAUGGAGUAGUCUCCAUUAGGAAGUAGUCAAUUUUCUUAUUCACGAUUGGCCGAUCCCUCCUGAUGACCUGGUUGGACAUGACUCCAACAGGGUCUCCAGGAUGGAACAGUCAAUGAAGUUGGAAGUCCCACCCAGUUGACUACUUUCAAAUUGUGGAAGCCUUCAAUGGCGCUGCCCAUGCUAACAUGGCCUUUUGGCCACUAGAGGCCUGUAUCAUUCUCUAGUACAGUGGCCACCAACCUUUUCUGAGUCUAGAUCACUUUCUGAUUCAAAAUGCAAGCUGAGAUUUACCGGUCAUAUUUAUUUUUUAAAUGUAAGCCUAUGCAACAUUAACCAAUGAAAAACUGUUCUGUAGCAAUGAGGUUUGUGCAGUAGGUUAUGGGCCGAAGACACUCACUGUAUAUUGGCUUCGCUUGACUUACCCUGCCAAUGUUGUUCUUCUCAGACCAUUUUGAAAUGAUAUAUUUUUUAAAUGUGGUAUAUGAUCACACUGGUAAUUGUUGUAUUCAUUGUGAGGCACAGCUCAGGCUCAUGGCCUGCAUCUGAUGGUCAGUCUGAGGUGAGAGUGACACAGUCCAGCUGAAACUCAAGUAGCACUGCAUUAUUUCUGCCUCAUGCACCAAUUCAUGUUGUUACUCCUAUGACCAGAGAAAGUGAAAUAUUCCUUGAUAUUAAAAAAGACAAGCUGCUCAUAAUAACAAUGCAAGCUUAUUGAAACACUUUGCUAAACUCAUUCAUUACAGCUGCAGUACAGCUGCAUGUGUGUUUUAACAAAUUGCAUCUCUCUGGUCAUGGUUUUGAAAUCUCACAGAUGGCUCAGAUCACUGUGCAGUCAUGGUGAUCUGAGCUAUCUGAUUGGCCAGUGGUAGGCCUAUAGGUGCCCUUGAUUUGCUCUCUGGGCCGGCCGGGUAGGCGGAGUAUUACCUUCAGACACAUGAAAUGGUUGAAAACACUUGGCCUUCCCAGUGCUAGGGCUGCUGAAUCAAGUGCACCUCCCGCCAACAGCACUAAAUAAAACCAAACAAUAGGAACGCAAGGCUUUAUCGUUGGGUUUUUAACAGAAAUGUUUGGUGAUCGACCAGAAAUGCCUUGGAGAUCGAAUUGUCCAUCACGAUCGACCGCUUGGUGACCACUGCUCGAGUGCUACCAUACCAGUGAACUUUCAUUCCAUAAGAGUAACCAUUAUGUCCCUAACUGUAUUAAAGAAUGUCUGAUGUAUUUAUAAAAUCAAUGCAUUGCUCUUCUAUAGUACUGGGAUUAUGGCUAAUGAAUAAAACAGAUUGAUGAAUGGAAACAGUAUGUUUAUCCACUGUGUUGUAUUGAAGAGUCUCAAAGGGCCAUUAAGUAAUGGUCUAUACCAUGCUUUUUGAUCAUCCUUCACAUCAGUUAUAUGGUAUGCUUGAGCCAAUCGUGAGGCCUGAUGCAAUGAGAAACAGGAAGUAAGAUAUAGCACUAGAAGCCUGCAUUGAAUAUAUUAGGUUUUUUUUGUGUUUUUUUACUCCUUUUUCUCAAUGCACUCUCGCCCUCGAUCUGUCAAGAAAACUGCAUCAUACACCUAAACCUAUCAUGGGGUAGUGUGCAUUGUGUGGGGACCUAAACCUCUUUCUCCUAACUGAUGAUUGAUUGGGCCAUAAUUCUGUAUCUCUGGUCAGAAAGUAUCACUCCAGUUCAGUAAUAAUAACAACCUGUUCUUCUCACUGACCUGGCCACAUGAUGCACAUUUAAUUUGUCUUGUUUUUCUGUUCUGUUGUGGUACUCAGGAACAAUGAGCAAUGGCAGCGAAGGGAAGGUGUGUGUUACUUUGUUGGACAGGCUGCCAUGCUUAGUAUGUCAUACAGAGUGUGUGCGGAGGAGGUGUGUGUGUUGUCUGCAACACACUGACGUCAUCUUGUAUUUAAAAGACUAGCUGGCUGUAAAUCAUGCAUUUAAAAAAAACAUUGCCAAUGGCAAAUCCAUAUUAAUAAAAAGCAUUUAAAUUGU